ACUGUACACAACUAACUGCAAUGGUAGCCUUGUCUUCAUCAUCUUCUCUGCUCUCUCCAUCCAGUAGUUUCCUCGGCCAAAAGCUCGCCUUCAACAACACUUCGGCUUUUCCUCUUCAUCGGGCGACUUCUGUCAGAUUCCGUCCACCUUCCAUCUCUGCCACUUACACUUCGACCAGACCACCGAGUCUCUACUCUUCGAAUAUGGCUUCGUCGGCAUCCCUUUAUGAGGUAUUGGGUAUAACCAUGGGCGCCACUUUUCCGGAGAUUAAAUCUGCGUAUCGGAAAUUGGCUCGCGUUUGUCAUCCCGAUGUGGUAGCGAUCGAUCGGAAGGACACGUCGGCGAAUGAGUUCAAGAAGAUCUACGCCGCCUAUUCCACGCUCUCUGAUCCUGAGAAGCGUGCCGAAUACGAUCGCAAUCUCUUCAGUAGACAACGGAUUUAUAGAUCUUCUCCCUCUUCCGCCUCCUCAUAUUCGUCGGCGUCAUCGUCCAUGUCUGGAUUUUCCGGCUCUAAUCGCCGGACUUGGGAGACCGAUCAGUGCUGGUAGAGAAUUAUGCCUCGUCUCU